CUUACCAAUUCGGCCCCAAAUUUCCAGAAUUGCUCGAUUCUAUCUAUUAGGCCUCACCCAAGUUCAAAUCUUAACAAUUCGGUCCAAAAAGGCUUAUUUUGAUUUGAUACCCAAACUCUUGCUAAUCCCAACUUACUCCGGUGGCUUGGUAAAUAACUUUUCAGCACUUAAACUUCACAAAUUCUACUAAACUGAUACAAAUCACCGAAAGACCUAAAAGUCCUCAUCUAUUUAUCACUAUUACACCAUGCAGUUCCAAAAGCAUGGGGAAAGCAUCUUACCACCGCACCGCCGUCGGCCGUCGCGGGCCGAUCAUUGCCGUCCAUCACGGUCUUCCGAUGGCGGUCGUCUUUGCCGACUCCUCCGUCUUUCUCUUCGGACAACAACAACCCAUUGAUCGACCUUGUCGAAGUUCCGCCACUGCCAACUUCAUCGUUCCUCCUCGGCCAACUUCGAAUCGCACUCACUCCUGCCGUUUCGGAGGAUAACCGCGAGGCCAAGAUAUUGUGCCUCCUCCCACCUAAAUGGUGACUAAGUCGACAUUGGCCCCAGCCCUAGCCACCAGCGUGGAGCUCUCGCGCUCUCUCUCACGAUCUCAAGCCACCAACCUUCCCCCUCUUUUCACUGAUCCAGUCGUCUUCUUCAUUGCAAAGUUCGAGUUCCGGUCGUCAAAGGAUCGCCCUUAGGCUUCUCUCCUUCGUCCUCUACUCCCCCCCUUUUCCCCCUCUGCCCUUCCAAAUUGAUUUGGACGAAUUUUUUAUGAAAUGAGUCGUUAGAAAAUUCUGACAGUUUCUUAUAUCAGGUAUAACACGGGCACAAGACACGGUCGUGUUCUGACCCGUGUUGCACUGUGUUACAGUUCUCUUGAAAAUGGCUCGGCCCAUUUAUUACAGUCUUAUAAUAGACAAAUAAAUGGAAUACAGUUCACCCACACGGUCGUGCCCAACCCGUGUUACGACGCGCUAUGCUUCAUUUGCAGUUUCGUCCAAACACCCCAUUUAACCGAACAUGGUCUGGCAACACGGUCGUCUGACGGUCCGUGUUCUAGCCUGUUGCUACUUCUUCAUCACUUUACUCCUUCCAAUCUUCUUCCAGCUUGCGGUCGAACCUAGACCAGAAUUUGGGGUGUUACAUAGCCAAUGAUGAGAGUUACCUAAGUUGUGACUAGUAGAAAAGCAAAAUUCAUCACCUCCUGAAGAGCAACAUGGAUAACCUUCGUGAGCUCCUCCUUAGAAACCCACGUUGUCGAAAACGAAGAGGAAUCCGAAGCAGGAGCAGGUCGAGCUUCAAUCGUAGCAUAAGCAUCUGGUGUGGAGUUCGAACCAGCAGAUCGGGGAUGAGAUCCUCGACCCUGCUUAGGACACACAACACACUCAAGAUGUGACCAGUCUGGAAACAGAAGAUACACCAAUUGUGCUUCCGGCAAAAGCACUAAAUAUGACCAGGAUCUUUGCAGUAGUGACAAAAACGACCAAGUAUUGGCCCCGAACCACUAGAUAAGCUUUGGCCCGAGUCACUAGAAGCACCUAGAGUUGGCAAAGAGGACAGAAACUACGGCUUGUACGAGCCAGCGACAAACGCAAUUAAAUUAUCAAGCGAACGAGCAGCAAUAGAGUAAAUCUGUGCUUGACUCUGAAGCCAGAUUUCCUCACGAUAUAGCUCGACCAAAAUGGUACCCAAUUUAGUCACAUUUCGAUGGAGAAGAGAGGCACAAAUCGGUUCAAACUCAGGGCGAAGCUUUAUGAGAAAAUGCAUCAUACGACCUCGUGUACGUUCAGCAAUAGUAGCGUCAGGAGUAGGACUUGACGAAAUAGAGGUUGAGAGAAGAUCACUCUCUGUCCAGAGAUGCAUGGCUUCCUGAUAGUAUGAGCGAAUAUCCAUGCUACCCUGUGACAACCCAACAAUAGUCGUUUCCAAGGCAAACUAAUGUAACGCAUUUGCCUGGCAGUUAUUGGUGCAUAGGUGUUUUCACAUCUCACUAACAUCAUAAAACGAUGCACACUUAGCCCGGUAGGGACACCAACACAAGCCACAAGCCAAGAGAUUACUUGGGUGUUUUUGGCCUCCCAAUCAGAAAAUUCUUUAGCAUAAGAUUCAACAGGUGUAGGAUGAGUACCCAACAACAACGGAAGAAGACGCUUGCCCUAAACAAACGUACGGAAUUGAA